UUACUAAUUAAAAAAAGGGAUAACCAGUUAUGUCAAGCAGAAGUUGAUAAAGUAAAUAAUCUUCCAUCAGAUUGCCUUGCAUUUACUGAAAAUCCUGGUAUUCACAAAAUCAAUGUUAUUGGCUUUGGUUCUUUCGAAGUUUUGUGUAAUAAUCAGUUAGCCGGGCCAGGUUGGUUAGUCAUACACCGGAUGAGUGAAAAGCCGAGUCUCAAUAGGGAUUGGGCCGCUUAUCGUGAAGGAUUUGGUUUCAUGCAAAGAGAUUUUUUUCCUGGGACUGGAGAAGAUACAUCAACUCACGAAAUUGCGGCGGCACGAGCUUUAUGUUAGUUUCUCAUCAGGCAACGGAUUGUUUUGGGAUCAUUACGAAGAUUUUAAAAUAUCUGAUGAAUAUAUUGGAUACAAACUGAUGCUGGGAGACUCUACUGGAAAUACUGUCUUAGAACGCUAUUUCAUUGAUGGCAUGAAAUUCACAACAUACGAUCGCGACAAUGACAAUGAAGGCUCUGCAAAUUGCGCUGCUGAUUUCGGUUUUGGCUGGUGGUACAACGAUUGUAAUUGUCCCUAUCUUGAUCUCUAUAUAUUUUGCAGUUCGCUGAAGGAAAUGGUAAUGCUUAUACGCCCCAAAUAAUUACAAAAUACUAAUUUGAAAAUUGGAUUGAUAAAUGUUUUCGAUAUGUAAAUAAAAUGC